AUGUCGGUAGAACUUUAUCUGGACCUUUUUUCGCAGCCAUGCCGCUCCGUUUACAUUUUCGCCAAGAAAAACAACAUUCCCUUCGAGUUUAAGAAAGUCUCCCUGUUCCACGGAGAACAUUUUGGAGAUGAUUUUGGGAAAAUCAGCCUGAUCAGGAAGGUUCCGGCUCUGCGAGACGGAGACUUCUGCCUGGCAGAGAGCGUCGCCAUCCUCAUCUACCUGGCGGAGAAGUUCCGGACUCCGGACUCGUGGUACCCGGCCGACGUGCGGCAGCGAGCUCGAGUCCACGAGUAUCUGUCGUGGCAGCACAGCGCCAUGCGUUGGCACGGGGUCCGGAUCUUCUGGCUCAGGGUCAUGAUUCCUGUGGUGCUGGGCGUGGAGGUCCCCCAGGAGAAGAUGGACACAGCUCUGGAGGACCUGAACGCCUCGCUGGACCUCUUCCAGGACAAGUUCCUCCAGGACCGGGCCUUCGUGGUCGGAGACCGCAUGUCGCUGGCCGACCUGGUGGCCAUCGUGGAGAUGAUGCAGCCCGUGGCUGCAGGUCUGGACAUUUUUGAGGACCGGCCCAAGCUGAGCGCGUGGCGGGACCGGGUUCAGGCGGCCAUCGGGAAGGAGCUGUUCGACGAGGCCCACCGGACCAUCAUGGAAUCCCAGGAGACGGUGAAGGUCAUGGACGGCAGCACGCUGAAGAGGUUCACACCCAAAAUCCUGCGGAUGUUCAUGUGAGCAGGAGAAGCAUCUGAACGUGACCAGUUUGAUGUGAACUGAUGAUGUAAGAGAGGAAUGUGAAACUGGAGACUCUGCUCCUUAAAUAAAGUUAAUGCUACGRCUCUU